AGAAAAAUGCAGAGGAGUGAAGAGGACACGCCCUCAACUCGAAUCAACUGCAACAAGUUUGGAGAGGAAAGAGUGGUGAUUCUGGCAGCGGGUGAGACUGGGUUUGGCUGAGGAGCGAGCACGCAGUGACUUCUUCCCCGCAGUCGACCCUCGGCUCCAAACUCUGAAACAUGUCGCAGCCGCAGAAGAAAAAAUCUUCCAGGAAGGGAGGAUCAAAGACUGAUUCGGCAAAAUCGAAGCAAGGAGCCGGCAUGAGUACUCGAGCAUCAGAGGAAAAAUCAAAACCCAGUGAACCUGGUAAGGUGGAAGCUGUUAAACCAAUGAGCUCAACGAGUAAGUCAUCAGUAAAGCCAGGAUCAGCAGCAACGCAGAAGUCUGCAGACUCAUGCAAGUCCAAGACGAAAUCUGGUUCGGUCUUACCUGGUGCGGCUGGUGGGGUGAAGCAGCAACAACCACAAUCCACAGCUACUAGUCAGAGCAAAAUGGGUCAGCUGUUCGGCAAAACAUCGAAUCUGGACACAAAGGAAAAUCAAGACAGAACACAUCCAGAAAAAUUGACAGGCACUUCUCUUCACAAAAACAAUGACUCAAAGAUUCAGGAUGGCAAACCAAUGUUGAGUACCAUGGAACAACUCAUGGAGCCGUUUCCAUCACAAGGGCCAGAUGCUCCAAUUCCUAAAUGCACUGGGCCUGCAGCGAAGGAUGAAGACCCAUUUGAUCUACUUGCGGGAACUCUGCCAUCGGAGGAACCUGACAAGUCAAUUCCAGAAUAUACUGGUCCAAAAGUGAAGGAAUCAGAUGCAACUAAGAAGAAGGGUGAACGAGUGGGAGAGCAUGAAGACACAAUACCGCCUGAUUACCGGUUUAAAGACCAGCCUGAUCCUAAGAAUAAAGACAAACCAGCAUCUUCCUCCACUGGUCCAGGAACUAAACUGAAGACAACAGAGAAGACCAUGACACAAGGUGAUGUUUUCGAGUCUCUGGCUGCAGACUUUGGCGAAAUCUCUGCUGAGCCACUUUCAAAAAGCUCAGCUGCAACUGCUCACUCUGCACCACCACCUCCUACAAUGAAGCAGGCAACCUUGCAAGCCUCAACAGCUGCCACUGUUUCUACAAGUCGAACAGUUGCCAAGGAUAAAGAUGCAUUCGACCUGCUUGCUGAUUCCCUUCCAUCAGAAGCACCAGACACGUCAGGCCCCAAGUACACCGGUCCUCCAGUGAAGGAAUCGGACGUAAAUAAGCAGCACGUUGAUCGAAUGGGAGAUCGAGAUGACACAUUACCACCUGAUUACAGAUUUAAAGAUCAGCCUGCUCCAAAGGAUAAAGGCCCGUUGGCUUCCUCCACUGAUGCAGGAGCAAAACCAAAGAUUAUGACAGAGGGUGAUGUCCUUGAGUCUCUGUCAGCAGACUUUGCCCAGAGCCCUCCAGCAACAAUUUCAAAAUGUUCUGCUGCAAUUCCCCAAUUUGCAGAGCCACCCUCUCCAAAGCAGCAGCCACAGCUACAAGCUUCAAAAGCUGCCCCAGUUUCUUCAACUCAAACUGGCAAGAAGGCACCAGAUAAGGAUUCUCUUUCAAAGGCACCUUUGCAAGCUUCAAAAGCUGCCCCAGUCUCUGCAAGUCUACCUGGUCCAAAGGCACCAGAUAAGGAUUCUCUUUCAAAGGCACCUUUGCAAGCUUCGAAAGCUGCCCCAGUCUCUGCAAGUCUACCUGGUCCAAAGGACAAUGACGCAUUUGACCUGCUUGCACAAACUCUUCCAUCAGAAGCACCAGACGAUUCAGCACCCAAGUACACUGGUCCUCCAGUCAAGGAACCAGACACAACUAAGAAGCUGAUUGAACGAAUGGGAGAUCGAGAUGAAACAAUACCACCUGAGUACAGAUUUAAGGAGCAGCCUGAUCCAAAGGGCAAAGGACAACUGCCUUCCUCUGCUGAUCCAGCUGUAAAGCCAAAGACUAUGACAGAUGCUGAUGUACUCGAGUCUCUGUCAGCAGACCUUGUCCCUAGCCUUCCAGCAACAAUUCCAAAAUGCUCAGCUGCAGUUUCACACUCUGCAGUGCCGCCCUCUCUAAAGCAGCAGGCACCAGUUAAGGAUUCUCUUUCAAAGGCACCUUUGCAAGCUUCAAAAGCUGCCCCAGUCUCUGCAAGUCUACCUGGUCCUACGCCACCGCUACAAGCUUCAAAAGCUGCCCCAGUUUCUACAAGUCAAACUAGCAAGAAGGCACCAGUUAAGGAUUCUCUUUCAAAGGCACCUUUGCAAGCUUCAAAAGCUGCCCCAGUCUCUGCAAGUCUACCUGGUCCUACGGCACCAGAUAAGGAUUCUCUUUCAAAGGCACCUUUGCAAGCUUCAAAAGCUGCCCCAGUCUCUGCAAGUCUACCUGGUCCAAAGGGUAAAGAUCCAUUUGCCCUACUUGCAGAAACCCUUCCAUCUGAGGCACCUGAUGAUUCAACUCCAAAAUACACUGGUCCGGAAGUGAAGGAAUCAGAUGCAACUAAGAAGAAGGGUGAACGAGUUGGAGAAAGGGACGACACAAUACCACCUGACUACAGAUUUAAAGAACUACCUGGUCCGAAGGACAAACUGGCUCCUUCUCCCACUGGUACAGGAGCAAAACCAAAGACUAUGACAGAAGGUGACGUCAUGGAUUAUAUGUCAGCGGACAUUAUGCAGAGCUCUACAGCUCCAAUUUCAAAAUGCUCAGCUGCAACUAUUCACGCUGCAGCGCCACCCUCCAUGCAGAUAGAGGCACCUCUUCAAGCUUCAAAAGCUGCCGCUGUUUCUGCAGGCCAAACUGGUGCAAAGUUAAGUGAAAAGGUUAAAGAUCCACUGGACCUUCUCGCAGAAACACUUCCAUCUGAAGCACCAGAUGACUCGUCUCCCAAGUUCACUGGUCUUGCAGUAAAGGAGUCGGAUGUAACGAAGAAGAAGGGUGAACGAGUGGGAGAGCAUGAGAGCACAAUACCGCCUGAUUACCGAUUUAAAGAGCAGACCGAUCCCAAGGAUAAAGGCAAAUUAGCCCCUUCCUUCACUGAUCCAGGAGCAAAACCAAAGGUGAUGACUGACGAUGAUAUCCUGGAUUCUCUGUCGGGAGGCUUUGGCCAGAGCUCUGUCGCUCCUAUUUCAAAAUGCUCAGUUGCACCAACACAGUUUGCAACUCUUCCCUCCAAGCAGAAAGAGGAGAUGACUGACGAUGAUCUCUUCGGUUGUCUGUCGGGAGACUUUGUCCAGAGCUCUGUCGCUCCUAUUUCAAAAUGUUCAGUUGGAGCACCACCACAGUUUGCAACACUUCCCUCCAACCAGAAAGAGGCUCCACUGAAAGCCACUGCAGCUGCCCCAGUAUCAGCAAGUCAGACACAUGCUAAGGGUAUAGAUCCAUUUGACCUACUUGCAGCAAGUCUUCCAUCUGAGGCACCUGACAAUUCUGCUCCCAAAUUUUCAGGCCCUGAAGUGAAGGAAGCAGAUGCAAAAGAGAAGUCCAUUGAGCGAUUGGGAGAACGAGAAAGUACAAUCCCGCCUGAGUACCGAUAUGGGAAACAGCCCGAUUCAAAGGAUAAAGGCAAACCAACCUCUUCUGUCACUUCUUCAGGAGCAAAACCAAAGACGAUGACAGAAGAUGAUGUCCUGACGUCACUGUCAGCAGACCUUGUCCAAAGCUCUGCGGCUCAAGUUUCAAAAUGCUCCGCUCCAGUUUCCCAUGUUGCUGCACCACACUCAACGCUGAAACAGGAGCCUCUGAAAGCUUCAACAGCUGCUUCUGUAUCUGCAAAUCAAAGUGCUCCAAAGGGUAAAGAUCCAUUUGACCUACUUGCAAAAACCCUUCCAUCAGAGGCACCUGACAAAUCAGCUCCAAAAUAUACUGGCCCUGCAGUGAAGGAAUCCGAUUCUUCCAAGAAGAAAGCUGAACUUGUGGGAGAAACUGACGAAACCAUACCGCCCGACUACAGAUUUACACCGCCAGCUGAUCCAAAGGAUAAAGGCAAAAGCAAAUUGCCCGCCUCCUCUACUGGUGCAGGAACUAAACCAAAGGCGAUGGCAGAGGGUGAUGCCGUAAAGGCUCUGUCAGCAGACUUUGUCGAAUGCUCUGCCGCUCCCGUUUCAAAAUGUUCAGCUCCAGUUUCCCACACUGUAGCGCCGCCCUCUCUGCAGAAGCCGGUACCUCUGCAAGCAUCAACAGCUGCCUCAGUAUCUUCAAGUCAAGGUAGUACUAAGGAUAAAGAUCCAUUUGACCUGCUUGCUGAUUCCCUUCCAUCAGAAGCACCAGACACGUCAGGUCCCAAGUACACUGGUCCUCCAGUGAAGGAAUCAGAUGUUAACAAGAAGAAGGCUGAACGUGUAGGGGAAAUUGAAGAAUCCAUACCUCCUGAUUACAGACUUACUGAACAAACUGAUCCAAAGGAUAAAGGUAAACCGGCCUCUUCCUUUGUUGCACCAGGAGCUAAACCAAAGUUAAUGAAAAAGGAGGAACUCAUAGAUCGUUUUUCGUCAGAUUUCGACUCCAGUUCUUCAGCUUCACAUUCUGUGGAACCGGUCUCCAAACAGAAAGAGUCAAAAGAAAAACCUGCUGCUAAACCUGAUACUAAGAAAGCCCGUAAAUGCUAAUGCGAGCAAAACAGCUCCUGGUUUCCAAACUGACCACUGUGCAAGUUUUUUCUUCCUUGGGAAUAUGCUUCUGUACAAAUAUCUGUAGUUUCUAAUUAAUUUUCCAAAGAUCUUUAUGGGGAGGUUAUGAACAAUCAACUUUGAGAAUGAUUUUAACUUUAGAACUUAGCUUUACAGCAUUGUAUGAAAUAUAUACUCUCUGAAGGUUCUUAAACUGGAUUUAUAUAUUUAAAAUUUGUUUUCUAAGUGGGAAGGAUAGUAUAUUUGUAGGAAAUGUUUACCACUAAUAUGUUGUAUAAAUAAUUAGUGUUACAUUUUUGAUGCUGUGUGUUAGUUGUUGAAGUUCAGUUCUAUUUCUCUUGUCUGAAUUGGGGAACAUCUCAAGACUAUGCACAGUGUUGAAUUACUUCCCCUGAACCAGACUAUUCAUAAUCUUGGUGUUACAUAUAAUCCUGGGAUAAGCUUCUGCCAACAUAUCUGCACCAGCAGGAGUACAGCUGAACAUUGUAACUGUGUCAGACUCCUCCCUGCCUAGCCUGUGCUGCCUCUGGAGCCUAUUCUGCUCCCUGCCUACCAAUUAGCUCAUCAAAAGUUCAAAGGUCUGUUCAUUGUCACGUGUACCAAUUAAGGUACAGUGAAACCCGAUUACCAUUGCGUAAAUCCUAACUCAUCAAAUCCCAUUGUAGAUUCACAGAUAUACAUUGAUACUGGGUCUAGAACUAUGAGUUUUAAAAUGCUCCUGAGAUUGGGGUUCUUCACAACCAUAGCCUUCUUUAUCCCUGCAACCCUGUUAGAGGAGUGCUUCUCCAAUUCUGGUCCUUUGGAGCAAUUAAGAUUGGUUUGGCACCCAUGCCUUCUGUUGCUUGGGUCCUGGCCACUGAAAUCCAUUAACAGGACAGCACUGCUGACUCUGAGAUGCCCCUUAAUGCAUAUUACUUUGCACAGUAAUUUGCUCACAUGUCCUACUAUCGCCUUAUGAGACAGCAUAAUAAACUCCUGUGAAGUGCCUUGGAACAUCUAGCAGUGUAAAGGAUACUAUGAAAAAUAAACAUUGACAUUUAAUUUGAUUGUAAAAACCCAAAUCAAGCUUCUGGGUUGAGUUACAUUUUUUUCUUCAUGCAGCACAGCAUUAAAAUGUGUUUAGGUCACAACUAUUCAUUUAUAUUUACAGAAUAUUGCUUGGGUGUAUUGUGUCACAUGGGUACAAAGAGAGUCGAAAAAUAAAAUGCAAUGAACAGAAAAA